AUGGAUUAUUUGCAUAGUGGCAAGUACCGCAGCCUUUGCAAGGUGCUCAGAACUUAUGUUAAAAAUGGUUGUGUGUCGAAGUUUCAAUCUCUAGUUGAUUUCUUGCCGAAUCAAGCAGAGACAUUGACGGCUACCCAUUUAGAACUCCUUUAUGCUUUAUCCAAUUCUAGCUCACUUUUUUCAAAACACGCUGAUCCUAUCUUUUACAAAGGCAUUCAUGCUUCCUUUAGUGAUAUCUUGCGCCAAAUAUCUCGCAACAAGAUUCACUUUAAUGUUGAGUCGAAUAUAAAUCAAUAUUUUCAAGCAACGUACCAUUUGGUUAAUUCUCUUGUUAUUCUUGGAAUCAAUGGUGAUAAAGGCAUUUAUGAUAAAGUCACUGACCAAUUGAUUCUUAAUUUGGAGGUCAUCAGGGAAGAAUUAUCUAAAGCCACUGUCGAUGAUAAUGAAAAGUUAAUUUAUUAUUUUGUCUUGUUCGGAUAUUUGUUUGCAUUCUCACAUAAUCCGAAGUUUAUGGUUUUGUAUUCCAAUGAAGCGCAUGAUCCUUCUGAGUUGAAAUUAUUCAACCUAAUCAAUGGUAUCAUUGACAACCAUCCAUUUUUGAACCAAUUAGAAUCGAUUAUUGCAAACUCUUUGGUUAUUCCAUUAAAUGAAUCGAGUGCUUAUUUUAGCAACGGCAGUGGAAGUGCGAAUUAUAAGCUACUUUUGCACUUCAAUCUAAAUUUUUUCAGAGUUUUCGGAAAAAAUAAUAGGACAACGGAAUUUUCAUCUUUAUUGUUCUUGAAAUAUUUGAACUUGGUCAAAUUGAACUUGAUUCUUUACAUUUCCAAAAUUCCUGUCUCCAAUAUCGCACAGGCAAAAGAGUCUAUCAUUGAAACUUUAGUCUCAUUGAGAUCCAAGGAACUCGACACUAAGGAAGCACGAACCUCCCAGAACAAAGAAAAACCCAUUGAUCAUUUAAACAUCGACGAUAUUGCUUCGUCUACCGGGAGUUUUUCGGAUGUUUCCACUGCCUCGGUUGAAACUUAUUUAAAAUCAAAUGAUUUGUCAAAAGCUGAAUCGGGUCUUCUUCUGCAGAUUUCUGCGCAAUCAUUGGAGCAGCUUUCUACAUUUCAGAAUGGCACCAACUUUAUAAUUUUAUCGUCGUCCAAUAGAAUUGACUUGAUAUUUGAAAACAAAUCAUUGAUUUUGGAAAUACUCUCAUGUUUGUACUUUUUGAAGUCGGUCAGUUAUGAAUUCAUCCAUAAAAACUUGUUGGUGAAAAAUCUUAUCAUCAAUUACACCCUGGCCUCUGGUUAUUCUUCUCUAGUGGAUGGUCAUAUUGCCGAUAAUAUCUCAAACUCUGGUUUCUCAUCCAGCUAUCUACUUUCAAACUCAGUUCCUUCAACUGCUACCUCCAACAGUGAGUUCAUUGACAAUAACGAAUUGAUCAAUCCAAGCUUGUCAUUCAAUAUUUUUGGUUUAUUGUCUUUGUUAUCCAUGGAGAAUCUGACCACUCUGUCUGGCGAGUCUAACAAUGAAGGCUCUUAUGAAAACUUGUGCACUAUUAUCAACAAGAAGAUUUCAUUUUUAAUCUUCAACAACCCAGGAUUGAAAUUCACCAAGGUGCUUAAGAAGUCAUUGCGUUGCAUUGCAUUAGCGUAUAAAUACUCAUCACAGGACAGUAUCGUUGGAUUGAUUUAUUCCUUGAUAAAUAUGCUUUCUGUGGAAAAUGCCGAUGAGUCUGGGCUUACUUCUAGAGAAUCUGAGGUCAAAAUCAACGCAUCACAAACUGGGACGGUUUCUAGAAGUAUUGCUGGAACAUUAAGAGCUCCAAGAUUGACAAAAAGUGAUAUCAAUGCAUUAAAAUCAAGUGGUGGAGGAUUGGAAGCCUCCCCAUCAAAGAGAGCGGCUGCUACAUCAUCGAUCAGCUCUGCGUCAUCGGUGUUGAAUGACACUUCUUUCGCCCAUAGCACCUCAGUAUUAAAGAAUGUUGAUAUGACAAAGACAAAAGAUACGUCAAUGAGCCAAAUCGAGAGAAUCUUUUCUAACAGUAUCAAGUCAAUCAUUGAGUUGUGUAAUAAUUAUCACCAAGAGGAGAUCACAAUGUUGGUGAUGACAGUUUUGGUUCAAAAGUUCAGAAUUUCUGGUACUCCAAUAGUGGACCCAUCAAAAAGCAUGUCUUCAAAUGCACUUGUCGGUUCUCAAGAUCCAAAGAAUUCUAAAACAGUGUCUGAUUUGUUGAGUUUGACCAUCGUUAAGAAUUUGUGCAAUUUAACAAAAAAUUUACACGAUGAUAGCAAAAAUUUCCAGUUAUUGAUGAAAACUUACUCCAACUUUUUGAAUCAUUCAAUAAGCAAAAAUCAUUGGGUUUUAAUUGAAGAAUCCAUCAAUUCUUACUGCAAGAUUGCCAAAAUUCUAAAGAAUAACUUCUACUUGUUUUCUAAAGACGACCUGGCGUCUAGCACUGGUUACUGGUCAAUACCGCCAACUCUUGUCCCAUCAAGCGGAAAUAAAUUUUCCUCAUUAUACAGUACCAAUAAGAGACUUAUCUACGAUCUUACCAGUGCUUAUGUUAAUGAGAAUUAUAAGAUUUUCCUUCACGAGGUUCUCAACAGUAUGAUUUCUAAAGGUGAUAACAUCAACAGCUUGGAAGAUAAUAGCCACCACCGGUCUCACUCUGAAAUUUCAGAAGUGGCAAAGAAAAUUGAAAUUUAUUUAAAACCAUUGGCGAUGCUUUUGCCGUCACCUUUUGAAAAUGAAUCUUGUUUGGCAUUUAGUAAUGACAGGAUCGUGAAGCGUGGCAAUCUUGUCAUUGUUGAUGAAGUAUCUGUGGGAUUAUUUAGAAAUCUUUGGUUUAAUAUGGUGGUUCAUGGUAUGAACAUUGAUUUGCUUCCAUUAUUAGUUCCUUCAUUAUCCAGCUCCAUUGAGAUGCCAAAGGCUAGCAAGGGAAAGAAAGCAAUGUCUCCUACUGCUUCUGCAACUCAAUGGAAAUCAAUCAAGUACUUGAAGAUCAUCGCGUUUAAUUCGCCACCAUUAGCCUCAAAAUUAUCCUGGAGUCAUAAUGAAAAUCUCCUUGAGUUGAACACCGUUCUUAGAAGAGGCUCAUCUCAUUCCAACGUUAGGUUCCAAAAGAGUGUCUUGGAGACUAUUGUUGAUAAUGGUAGUGGUAUAAGUGGUGAUGUGGACUUGGAAAAAUCAAUUAUUUCUACCUUGGAUACUGAAAACCCGGCUUCAUUUAGAGGAAAAAUCUCUUCCACACCAAAAUUAAUGUUUUUGGCAGCUACUAUUUUCCUUGAGUUUUUCAGAAUUGAAUCUGGGGAUUUCCAUAAAGUUUUGUUGUACUUCUCUGACCCUUCUAUUAAGCUAAGCAGCUUAGAAAAAGAUAUGAAGUACAUUACCUAUGAGAUCUUGUCAACUUAUAUGCUUAAGAUCAACUUGAACUUUAAUUCUGUUAAUGAUGUACCUGCUGACAUGAGAAAUAGCCAAGAAUUACAUUUGCCUAUUGUCAAUCUUUUUACCAUUAAUCAAAUCUCAGCACAAGUGAAUGAAAUGUUGACGUUGACCUGUGCUACUAAUAGCUUCCUUCAAAGUAUCGCGGUCAAGUGCUGCGAUUUGCUUCUUAGUAAGGUUCCUGGUGUUUUAUGUAAUCAGGAAUCAUUUACGCUAUUUAAGUUGCUUGAUUUAUUGAAUUUAUUAUUUUCAAGCAUUGUCAAUUAUGAAAAGCAAAGGUACACUCCAGUUUUGGAAUACAGUUUGCCUACCUAUGGUUUGAAUCUGACGACCAAUUGUCACGAUAUUACCUCAUUCGAAAAAAUCAUCUUGUUGGAUUCUUUGGAAUGGAGAAAAGACACUUUUGGUAAAUUGCAAGUUAUGGCCAAACAAUGGAUCUUACGUGCCAUCAAUAACUCAGAACAGGUUGUAAAAAAUUUGUUACAAAGUUAUGUGGUGAUAAAUUCUAAUAUCUCCUCCACUGCUAGUAGCCAAUUAUAUUCAACUAUCAAGCAUUAUAAAUCUGAUAGUAGUGUCAACAUGGGUGUAUCAUUCGCGGUUGAAAUGUGUAAAAACAUUACCACCACUGAUAAAGAAAUUUAUAAUAUUGUGAACUCCACAUACUUAUCUUUCCCUAGCUCUUCUAAAAUUGAUACUUUGUCUGAUUUCCUCAUCAAUUAUAAUAUCAGUGCGGAUUUGUCUGAUAUCAGAUCAGAGUAUAAUGCUAGCAACUUUAAGACAAGGGCAGCCAAGUUGAGAAAGAAAAUUGAUGAAUUGAGCGAAGGCUUGGAAAAUGAUAGGAAAUUGUUAUCUGCAGGGAAAAAUUCAUCUCGUCAUCAUGUUAACCACAGAAACAACAAUAUUAUUCAUAUUAUUGAUGAUAUCUCCAACUUCUUAUCGAUAUUGAAGAACUCUAGAAAGACUGCACAAAAUCAAAAGGAAAUCGAACAGUACGAGGCCGAGUUUGUGAAGUAUUUGAUUGAAAUCCCGUUCAAGGUCUUUAAUUGCGACAUCUUGAAAUACUGUAUCUCAAAUUGGUUAAUUGUUUCCACUAAUAACACUGAAUUGCAGUUUUUGAUUUUCAAUGAAAUUUUAAAGCAUUUCCAACAAACCAUCGUCGAUGGUAAAGGGCUAUUCAACAACCAUCAUGGAACUAAUAUUCAGUUUUUACCAGAAUAUAAAGAAAUGGAGUAUGCUCCUUCUAACAAGCAAGAGGCCAACCAUUUUGCCUCACUUGCAAGUGAGUCUUUCAAAAUCCAUUUGUUGUUAAUUAGGUUGAUACAAUCAUUAUUCCACUCGUCAACUUAUCAAAGCAACAAUUCUUUAAAAAAUUUCAACAGUUUCAUCAUGUUUGUUUUGAAGAAUUUCUUAAAGAUCAGCUCCCAUCCAUUCUCCAGGUUAUUGAGAUUUGAAAUUGUUAAAUUAUCGCUUGAUAUUUUAAGUGCCAAUUUGUCUAUCAGAAAUGCCAAAAUCUCUGAUGGCGUAUUGCAGGUUAAAAACUCUGUUACUUUCCAUAAUUUCUUCAGUAGCUUUGCUAAUUUGAUCAUGGAUGCAUCAUUGAAUUGGUUCAAGCAAAGAAAAAUCCCGCCUUUCGGUGACAACUUAUUGAAGAUUAUGGCCGAUUUUGAUAUUUUGAUUGACGUGGCCAACACUAUCUCCCGCUUGAACUUGACCGGGGACAACGAUUUGGUUUUAAAGAAAAAAAUGUUGCUUGUGUUUUUGAAUGAUGAAAUCAAUUCUAUGAGUAUUUGGCUAAACCCUCUAGGUGAAAAUAAGUCUAUUAGCAAAGAAUAUGACUUCAAUUAUGCCAACAACUUGGUUUCUUCCGGGAGUAUUAAUGAGAAAUUCUUAAUGGAUGCUUAUGAAUUGAACCCGGUUUUUGCGGUGAAUAUCGUUUUGAGAAUUGUGAAUCUGGGUGUUGCUGGUUCUGGAGGGAUUUCUUACAAGAUGUUCUUGAAAAAGCUUCUUCUUAAUGACGGCUUAUCAGCCAUUAAUUGUCCAGAUGCUAUUGCAAUUUUGUUAGAUGUUGACCUAUAUGAUCAUCAGGACCAACAUAUUUUGACCAAUGAAUCUGCAACCAAUAGUAAUCCUUUGAAACAUUUAUUAUACUGGGACCCGGUGUCUCCUAUUGAUGCUAUUAAUCUAUUCUUGCCUCCAUUUGGUGAAAACCCAUUUGUGUUGCAAUACGCGAUGAAGUCCUUGAUUUCCCAUGAGGUCAACGUCACCUUCUUUUAUGUUCCUCAGAUUGUCCAGAUGCUCAGAUAUGAUUCCGAGGGCUAUGUGCAAAAAUUCAUUUUGGAAAUGGCACAGAUUUCCCAAUUGUUUGCUCACCAAAUUAUCUGGAACAUGCUUGCUAACAGCUAUAAGGACGAUGAAGGAACUAUUGAAGAUGAUUUGAAGCCAAAAUUAGAUGAGGUGAAAGAUUUGAUGACAAAAUCAUUCUCCCCUGUUGACUUCGCCUAUUACGAGAAGGAAUUUUCUUUCUUUAAAGAAAUCACCGGAAUUUCGGCAAAAUUGAAACCUUACAUCAAGAAAACAAAGGCCGAGAAGAAAUUGAAGAUCGAUGAAGAAAUGAGAAAGAUCAAGGUCGAACCUGGUGUAUACUUACCAAGUAAUCCUGAUGGUAUUUUGGUAGAUAUUAACAGAACGUCUGGUAAACCCUUGCAAUCGCAUGCCAAGGCCCCAUUCAUGGCAACUUUCAAGAUCAGUAAAAAAGUACAUGUAUACGAUGAAGACAGCGGAGAUGAUGACAUUGCGAUCAAUAUUGAAGAUGCCGACGGGGUUAAGAAUGAUGAUAAUGUCAACACCACCAUUGUCGAGACAUGGAAAAGUGCUAUUUUCAAAGUUGGUGAUGAUUGUCGUCAAGAUGUUUUGGCGUUACAAUUAAUUUCUGUCUUCAGGUCAAUCUGGACGAACAAUAACUUAGAUUUGUACGUGUUCCCAAAUCGUGUCACUGCCACCGACGCCGGAUGUGGUAUUAUUGAUGUUUUGCCAAAUUCUGUUUCUAGAGACAUGUUGGGUCGUGAAGCUGUUAACGGAUUAUAUGAGUAUUUUAUUACCAAGUUUGGUCCUGAAUAUUCAACUGAGUUCCAAGUAGCGAGAAAUAAUUUGAUUAAAUCAUUGGCAGCAUACUCCAUCAUUUCGUAUUUGUUGCAAUUUAAGGACCGUCAUAAUGGUAACAUUAUGUAUGAUGAUCAGGGACACAUUCUCCAUAUUGAUUUUGGUUUCUGCUUUGAUAUUGUUCCAGGUGGGGUGAAGUUUGAGGCCGUUCCUUUCAAAUUAACAAAGGAGAUGAUUUUGGUUAUGGGGGGAAGCAAUGAUACUCAAUCAUUUAAGAGAUUUGAGGAGCUUUGUGUCCAAGGUUACCUAGCUGCUAGACCAUACAUGGACGUUAUUGUCAAGAAUGUUUUACCGAUGCUUAACAGUGGUUUGCCAUGUUUCAAAGGAAUGACAACUAUUAAGAAUUUGAAGGCUCGGUUUGUUCCUGGGAAAACUGAGAAAGAGGCAGCAUUGUACAUGAGAAAGUUAAUACGUAAAAGUUACGAAAGUUUCUUUACAAAAGGGUACGAUGAAUUCCAACGUAUCACUAAUGGUAUUCCUUAUUGA